AUUCUGGCGUGUCACAGCGUGUUUCACACUGGAUUUUUAAAACAACCGGAGUCAAGGUCUACAUAUAACCCAAAUAGGAAUUGUAAUAUUCGGGUCAAUAGCUUAAACAAUCGUGUAGACUAUCGGGUUAACUAUUGACCAAUAGGCCUUAUCAUGACAGUCACAACCCAAUUUCAACCAAUCACAAUCGAGUAUGUGCAGUCUGAGCUGUUGUGAUAUCAAAUGAACAAUGAAGACACACGUAGGUGUAGGCUUUUAUUUGAGCUAGGGGAGAAGGUCAGAUCUCUUAACUGACAAAUAAGAAUUUAGAGUCUAGUUAAAUGUUGUGCUAUUGUCUCUUUGCCUGUUUAUUUGUUCUUGUGCAUGCAUGCCUUGUAAAUAAAUAAAUGUAUGUAUGCAUAUGAUUGAUUAUCAUCUGUCUGUUACAUGUGUACAUGCGAUUGGGACAACCAUUUCAGCCUGUGAGAAUUAUUGUCCUGGUUAAAAAUUUUUGUGGGCGUUCAAUCUGUGGUGGUUUUGCUUUCGAUUCCACAACGACGUUAUUGCCCUCGCUCAAAAAAUCAAUCAAUCUCAGGAGAUAUCACUACAUUGCUAUUUUAUUGUCUGAUUAUUGUUAUUACAGUGAAGAGGAUUAAACUAUCAACACCAAUCAUACAAUGAUGAUGAUGAUGUUGGACCAUUCUGCUGAACAUCACAAUGGCCUAGAUCCCAAACCGGAUCCAGAUAUUGGGAUAGUUAACUCUAAUAUACUAUGUGAAUCCAGGCGACCAAAUUCUUCGAAUAUACCCAAAGUGAAUGGAGAUUUCACGCAUGCAUUUCAUUCCUCUUCCCCAACUUAUGUUUAUCCACUCGAUCGGCAUUCCGCUCCAGCCUCUACAAAUAAGUCAAUUUCUCGUCAAAUAACUCCUAAUGAUUCUUGUAAUGAAAGUACAUUACGUUUGAAUGAUCUUGGGGAGUUUCGGUGUAGGGUUACGCAUGCACAAAUCACAAUCAACUGAAGCAAUACGAGAUCGUAAAUUGUUUGUCGGUAUGCUAGGAAAGCAUCAAACAGAAGAGGAAGUACAAAAUAUGUUUGCCCCAUAUGGAUUAAUUGAAGAGUGUACAAUACUACGUGAUCAGAGUGGAAUGAGUAAAGGCUGUGCUUUUGUCAAAUUCUCAUCGAGUAUAGAGGCAGCAAACGCUAUUGAUCAUCUUCACAACAGUCAAACUAUGCAGGGAGCCUCUUCUCCGCUGGUUGUGAAAUUUGCUGAUACUGAGAAAGAACGUCUAGUUCGACGACAACAUCAGCAACACAGUGCAGGGAAUGGAUCAUGUUCUCCAGCGUCUGGACAUACUGCUAACAGCUUGAAUAUAGGCAUAACUAAUGGUCAUUUGAACGGAACACCGCAUGCACCACCAGUGCAACAGUUUACGCAGCAAUCUCUUCGUCCUUCAGUUACUAGUUUUACUGAAGCGUCUAAUAUGGCGGCAGCAGCUGCUGCAGCUAAUGCAUUUCAACAGUCACUUGCUGCUGCAGCUUCUGUUACUCCCGGCUAUUCUUUACAGUUUCCAACAUCUCAACUUACAUCCGGUUUAAUUCCUUCCGCUUCAUCGAAUGCCAGCCCAGUUCCAAAUGGCUUACAGAAUUCGUCUGUCCAACCUUCACACCAUCAGCAACAGCAGCAACAACAAGGUCAAGUAACUCAACAGGCAGCCUCUGCUUACUUUAAUCCCAUGGCUGCUGCAUUUAUGGCAGCUGCAAUGCAGUAUGCCAACCCACAGUUUUCUGGAAUGAAUCCGUUAACAGAGAGUCAGGUGAAUCGUCCAACUUCUAUCCCUCUACACUUGAAUACUAUUGUUAGCCAUCCAUCGAUUGGUGUUAGUCAUCACAAUCCACUUACUGGAGCCAGUCAAACAGUACAGAAUCCGCUGGCAUCUUUGACUAACAGUUGCCCAGCUGCUGCACUUCAUAACAAUGCAUUACCUCAUUUAGGUUCACUGUUCCCGUUGACAGACAUUACUCUUCUAUCUCCGGCGACUUUGGCUGCACUCACACAAGUCGCCAAUGGGACUGUUGGUGGAACCUUUUUACCGGAAAGUACAACUGCAGGUGGUGUUUCCAUUGGUUGUAAUGGUAACGAAUUCAACAAUGCUAUUGGUUCUGGAUUACUUGUUUCAGCAUCACCAUCUACAAUAUCACCUUCAAGUUUUGCCAGCAUUGGUAAUGGGACUCAAGGUCAACCAAUCCCUGUUGCUUCAUCCACAGGAGCUGCUAAUAUUCUAGUUACAUCACCAGGAAUGAUUACUUCAGUUACAUCUACACCUUCUACUGUUAGCCCAUCUAUUUUAUCCUCGGGGUUGACGAAUGAUCCUGCAAGUCUGUAUGCAGCUGCAGUUGCUCUGCAGAACUCAGCGGCAGCAGCAGCAGCAGCCGCAGGUCACACGAAUCCAAAUCCAUUACAAUUUCCUCAACUACAUCCAUCUUUUGCUGCUGCUGCCGCCCAAUCAUUAACACCAUCUCCAGGUUUGGCACAUGGAACCAGUGCUGCACUGAACUCCUAUCUAACAGAAAAUGCAGCAGCAUUACAUGCUGCAGCACUUGCUGCUGCCGCUUCAGGACAGUCGUUUGUUAACGAUCCUAUGCAUCAGUUGUAUGCUGGUCUUCAAGCUUAUGGCUUAGCUUAUCCUGCUGCAGGGGCCACAUAUACCCCCUUUCCUAACUUGCAUCAUCAAGCAUUAUCUAUGCCUGUUCAGCAGAAAGAAGGCACCAGGGAAUUGAUAUUGACAGGUCCUGAAGGAUGCAAUUUAUUUAUUUACCAUCUACCACAAGAGUUUGGAGAUAAUGAAUUAGCUCAAAUGUUUAUGCCGUUUGGUACAGUGAUUAGUGCUAAAGUGUAUGUUGAUCGAGCGACAAAUCAAAGCAAAUGUUUUGGUUUUGUCAGUUUUGAUAAUCAUACCAGUGCUCAGACUGCAAUUCAAGCGAUGAACGGUUUUCAAAUCGGUAUGAAACGGUUGAAAGUUCAGUUGAAACGACCUAAAGGUGGUAACAACACAUCAUCAACUUCAUCAUCGAACGCCGCAAAAUCUUCGGGUGACGUGCAUACAGGACAAGCACAAGAGGCGGAGCUGACUCUUCCACCUCAGGAUACUUUAUACUCUGAGAUAGUCGUAAACCCUACUGAAACAGUCUCUGUGGCUCCGGUACCUGCUGUAUGAUGUGAACGGGAGAGGCGGUAUGUAUUAGCUACCGCCAUCAACAACAAUACCAAUCUCUUACUACUCAUACUCAGAUUAUAUUCUCAUCUCUGUUUCAUCAUGCUUGGCUUGCAGCGCUAUUCUUCCAACCUUUGAUUUCUCGUUCACUCCUUCCAUACUUCAUUUCAUCAUCUUUUUCGUUCUUUCUUUCUGAAGAUAGGCAUUCAUUAGUUCUUCGUGAGAAGUUAAAUUUUCUUUUCUUUCAAGAAACUAGACAUUUUGACAAUAAAUUAACAAAACAUGCAAGCCUAUAUUGACAGUGUACUGCUUUCUUUAUUAUACAAAAACAAACAAACAACAAUCCAUCUACUUAUGAUGAACUGAACUGAUAUUAUAAUGUUGAUAGUAAUGAAAAGAAUACUGAAAAAUUCCAUCUACACAUUGGUAUAUAAUAAAGUAGUCGAUUGUUAUGAUGAUUGCUAGUAUAUUCUACAGAUCCACCACCCUAUGUAUUGUUGGCCUCUUGACAUGAUACAGUACUCUCUUUCCUUGUCUAUGUCUUCUUCCAGUUUGUGUUCUUGUCAUCUCUGGUCCGUUCUCCCUCACCCCUUUCUUCCAUAUAGUCAACCAACCUUCCUAGAAACGAUUGAAUAAGCUGCUGUAUUUGGGUCAUUUCUGGUAUUCUCCACCUUUUUUUUCCGUCCUCCCUCACUUCUCUACUCAUUACAAUCCCCAUCAUCCCCAUUGUUUUGUUUACUUUUUUUUCCUACUGACUAUUAUGCAUCUGCAAACAGACGCAGCAACAUUGACCACUCCCAUGUUUCGUAACGAAUUGAUCGAUUGGUGUAUCGGGUUGGUUUCCCUUUUCUCUGUUUACCUAGAACACAUGUCAUUCUACUGUUAUCCUUUUAUGAAACACACACACACAGAGUUUACUUCGGCGUUGGUUCCUCUAGGCGUUAGCUGCCUCGAUAUAUUUUCUCACCACUAAUCUGUUUUUAUUCAAAGAUUACUUACUUCUCAGCGCGCAUGCAUAACACACUCAGUGUCAUUCAUUGUGCUAACAAAAUCAUUCCUUCUUUGGUUAGAGUAUGAAAACAAUUCCUCUCUUAUGUUACAAUGUGCAUUUUUUUUGCGGGACUACUUCAUGGUAUUAUAAGGCAUAUAUAUUCCACACAUUGAUUGUUACUACUUACAAUUAUUAUGAGUAGUUUGAUUAUUAAUACAGAUUUUUCCUCUACCUAUGAAAUUCUUAACUUUUUUUGUGACCACUUUGGUUACUUACUUAAUGUCAUUACACAUUCCUUUAACUAUCGGGAAGUUAAUUAAAAAGACAAACGGAUAUAGUCAUAGCAAUCGAGUCACCUUUGUUUUUCCUACACAGACACAAUUAUUAUUAUUCCUAUUUUUCUAUCGAUUGGUAAACACAUAUUUUCGUCCAUCUCUCAUUGCGUUUAUCUGUCUCUUUUCAUCAUAUGAGGCUUUUUUUGAAAUGCGUUUUGUUCACCUUCCGUUUCGAUGAGAAGAUGAAAAGAAAGCUGAACAGAGACUAAUAGAUGAAUGCAUUUAAUCUUGUAUGGAAUGUGUUCUGUCUUGUAAAUCGGUCAGAUUUUCCAUCUGUUUGACUUACAUUUGUCUUUUGUUAUCUGAAUCAGUGUGUUGAUGCGUUUAAUGACUGCGAUCUACAGUUGCUACUUUUUUUUAUGGAAUGAUGGAUGUGCGCCUAUUCUAUCCGAUGAAUGACAGGCAAUUAAUUCUAAUUACACAUAUGUUUUAUGGUUGAAAUAAAGAAGAAACAAGGUGAACAAUCUCCUUUUUUUCUAUGAUGCCUAUGCUCUUCUCUUUUGUUUAAUAAUCCAUAUAUAACUGCUAUUUUUGAUUCAAUGACCAAGUUGUGUGUGUUAUCCAGUUAUCUACCUACCUAAUGAUGACGAUUAUGUAGUCAAGGAAUGUUUGCCCUCUGUUUCUCUCACUUUGUAGUUCCGAAAGCAAUUGUUCUAAACACUCAUGCACGCACGCACAUACACCGACACAAAUACACUCUGAGUAUCACGUUCGGGAAAACCUUUCGUGAUAAUGAUAAUAAUAAUACUAAUAAAUUCUUUACAAUGAAGUGUUGGCGAUUUUCACUCAAAAGUUAGAGGGUGAUGUUCUCCGGAAUGGAUCCCCACCUUGUAUUGUUAUCAAGUACUUACAGGAUUUCAAGGUAAAACUUGGAAUUGGUUAUCCUCCAGUGAGCAAUCCAGUCCUACAGGAGAUCAGUCGCGGUGCGAAUAGCCCAGUACUAACGCUGC